CUAUUGAGAAUAUCAUAGCCAACAAUACAUCUAUAUAUACUAAUGUGAAGGCAUCACCUCUCACCGGAGUAGUUAUCGUAAUCAACCAACCAUCACUUCUUCCUCGCUUGCUUCACCCUCUCCUCUACUCCUAGCAUCAGAUUCUAUCUCCUCUAUUUCUCUCUCUAGAAUUCCUCUCAUCUUCAACCUCCUCAUACCCUCCUCCGAUCCUUCCCUUCUCAUAAAGAUUGUCACUUCCACAUUCGAUUUCAUAUUCGCCCUCAGAAACCCUAACCUUCACAUUCUUCUCUCACCAUCUCAAUUCAUCGACAAUAAUUAUUAUUUUUUGGUUACAAACUUGAAUUCUAUCACUUUUUGAAAGCUGCAAAGUCGAUACUUUGUUUACAGUAAUUUCUUGUCCUUGAAAGGAUUGAAAUCUUUUGUUCUCUUUUUCCGCUGCGGAUUUUGUAUAUGAAGUCUGUUGCCGAAGGAUUGUGACUACAAAUUAGGGUUUCUUUGAGUCGUUUAAAAUGGUUCCUUGGGGCGGAAUCAGCUGUUGUUUCAGUGCAGCGGCUCUCUAUAUUCUUGGCAGAAGUAGCGGGAGGGAUGCAGAGGCUCUCAAAUCUGUCACUCGAGUCAAUCAAUUGAAAGAUUUAGCUCAAUUACUAGAUAAGGCAUGCAAAGUUUUACCUUUGGUUGUUACAAUUUCUGGAAGAGUUGGUUCAGAGACUCCAAUCAAUUGCUAUUAUAGUGGUUUACGAGGUGUAAUAGUGGAAGAAACGGCAGAGCAACACUUUCUGAAGCACAAUGAUGCUGGUUCGUGGAUACAGGAUUCUGCUUUAAUGCUAUCCAUGUGUAAAGAGGUUCCUUGGUACCUGGAUGAUGAUACUGGCCGUGUAUUUGUAGUGGGAGCCCGAGGCGCCACAGGUUUGGUAUUAACAGUUGGAAGUGAAGUGUUUGAAGAGUCAGGACGAUCUCUUGUACGUGGAACAUUAGACUAUCUUCAAGGCCUGAAGAUGCUUGGAGUCAAGAGAAUUGAACGGGUGCUUCCAACUGGUACGCCUUUGACUGUUGUUGGCGAGGCUGUUAAAGAUGACUUAGGAACAAUUCGAAUUCAACGACCUCACAAAGGGCCAUUUUAUGUAUCUCACAGAAGUAUUGACCAGCUCAUUGCAAAUCUUGGGAAAUGGGCAAGGUGGUACAAGUAUGCUUCAGCGGGGUUUACUGUAUUUGGUGUUUAUCUGAUUGCUAAGCAUGCAUUCCAAUAUAUCAUGGAAAGAAGGCGUCACUGGGAACUGAGAAAGAGAGUUCUUGCAGCUGCAUCUAAAAGAGCUGGGCAGGAUAGUGAAGGUUCAAUUGGUAACGAUGAAAAUGGAUCAGAUGGUACUAAAAAAGACCGACUAAUGCCAGAUUUAUGUGUGAUAUGCCUAGAGCAGGAGUACAAUUCUGUUUUUGUCCCGUGUGGUCACAUGUGCUGUUGUACAACAUGCUCCGUGCAAUUAACGAACUGUCCACUUUGUCGGCGAAGGAUUGAGCAGGUGGUGAAGACUUUCCGGCAUUGAAGCUGUCCUUUCAGAUUUCAUAGCCACUAUAUUAAGUGGGCUGGUGCAUGUGGUUGGAAUCCUUGCGUUUUCAAGUGCAAGAAUCUGAAGGCCUGAAUUCCUCUUCAUUAUGGUAAUGGAACUUUGUUAUGCGGUGUAAACUUCUUUCUAUGCUAUGUUCUACAUCCAUUGCCUCGCGAAUUUAAAAUUUCUUCUUUGACAAUCUAUCCCUAUGUUGGGUAGAGUAAUCUCCAAAGAGACUGCACUUUCCCUAGAAAACUGUUAGUUGUUACUAGGAGUUGAAGGGGAUUAGUUUAUUCAUUAGCCUUUUCGAACUUUUCCUCUAGAAUUUGUAAAUGAUUCCCAGCUUGACAUAUUUGUAAAUUGAAGCAGUUUAUAGCAAUACUGGCACUUUGUUUCCUUUC